AUAAAACUAGGAAAGUUUAGAGACCCAUCAAGCAAGUUCCCACGAACUCUGAAUCUGAAGUCUCGAAGUUUCUAUCUUUGGUUGAUACACUCUCUGAUCAUCGAGAAAAUGCAUGCCAAUCACUUGCUUCUGGAGGAGCCCAUAAGGAUGGCCUCCAUUCUCGAGCCCUCAAAGCCUACUGCCUUUCCGGCGAUGACGAAGAUUGUUGGAACACUUGGUCCGAAAUCAAGAUCUGUCGAGAUAAUUUCGGAUUGUCUGAAGGCGGGAAUGUCCGUGGCGAGGUUUGACUUUUCAUGGGGUGACACUGCAUUUCACCAAGAGACGCUGGAAAACUUGAAGUUAGCAGUUAAAAGUACAAGGAAGCUUUGUGCAGUAAUGUUAGAUACUGUGGGUCCAGAAUUGCAAGUUGUCAACAAAGCUGAGCGCCCCAUAUCACUUCAAGCAGAUUCGCUGGUUGUCCUAACACCUGAUCAAGAAAAGGAAGCUACUUCAAAUACAUUACCCAUAAACUUUAAUGGCUUAUCAAAGGCAGUGAAGGAGGGGGACACCAUAUUUAUUGGUCAGUACCUCUUUACAGGAAGUGAAACUACUUCUGUGUGGCUGGAGGUCACUGACGUGAAUGGUGAUGAUGUGGUUUGUUUGAUUAAGAAUUCUGCUACUCUGUCUGGGUCAUUGUAUACCUUGCAUGUCUCCCAAAUCCACAUUGAUCUACCUACACUCACUGAUGAAGAUAAGGAGGUUAUAAGCACAUGGGGUGCUCCAAACAAGAUAGACUUUCUAUCGUUGUCAUAUACCCGGCAUGCUGAAGAUGUUCGCCAUGCUCGUGAAUUUCUUUCUCAAUUUGAAAACCUCAGCCAAACUCAAAUUUUUGCGAAGAUCGAAAACGUAGAGGGAUUAAAUCAUUUUGAUGAGAUCCUAAGUGAAGCAGAUGGUAUUAUUCUCUCUCGAGGAAAUUUGGGGAUUGAUCUCCCACCAGAGAAGGUGUUUUUAUUUCAAAAGGCUGCUGUUUACAAGUGCAACAUGGCUGGAAAGCCAGCAGUGGUUACUCGUGUUGUGGAUAGUAUGACUGACAACUUGAGACCUACUCGUGCUGAAGCAACAGAUGUUGCCAAUGCGGUAUUGGAUGGGAGUGAUGCAAUUCUUCUAGGUGCAGAGACCCUUCGGGGAUUGUAUCCAGUUGAGACGAUUUCCAUUGUUGGAAAGAUUUCUGCAGAGGCAGAGAAGGUUUUCAAUCAAGAUCUGUAUUUCAAGAAGACUGUCAAAUAUGUUGGAGAACCAAUGACCCAUUUGGAAUCUAUUGCCUCAUCUGCGGUACGUGCAGCUAUCAAGGUGAAGGCCUCUGUAAUUAUUUGCUUCACUUCAACUGGAAGAGCUGCAAGGUUAAUUGCAAAGUACAGGCCGACAAUGCCUGUCUUAUCUGUUGUCAUUCCCCAGCUUAAAACAAACCAACUCCGCUGGACAUUUACUGGUGCUUUUGAGGCACGGCAAUCACUGAUUGUUAGGGGCAUUUUUCCCACACUUGCAGAUCCUCGACAUCCAGCUGAGUCUGGAAAUGGAACUAAUGAAUCGGUUCUAAAGGUUGCAUUGGAUCAUGGCAAGGCUUCUGGUGUUAUAAAGCCUCAUGAUCGUGUAGUGGUCUUCCAGAAAGUUGGUGAUGCAUAUGUGGUUAAGAUCAUAGAGCUUGAAGAUUAGAGUUAUUUCCACUUUUGAACAAUAAAUUUUCAAAUUUGUAAAAGUUUGUAAGACACCCAUAUAUAAUUGGGAUUGUUUUUGCCAUUUCAUGCAUGCAUUAAUAAAAUCUCUCUCAAGAUUACUGUUGAGAAGCAAA